CAGAGAUGGCAUUCUCUAGAGCCAGACCUCAAUUCCACUUGGAUCAGCCAACUGGAAGAUUCUGUCCUUUGGGGCUGAAGAGGGCCAAGAGAUAAUGAGAAACAGAGACAGGGAGAGUGGGAGAGAGAAAGUCCAGGGAGAGAUACACUGAGAGAGAGAGAGAGACCAGGAGAGUACGUGAGAAACAGACACAGAGACAGGGAGACACAGUACCAAACCAGAGAUACGGGAAAUGGAAAGAGAGAGAGGAAAACAGACUUCUGCUGAGACAAACGGAGAUUAACAAAGAGAAUAGAGAUGGGAAAACAGGCGAACACAGAAAUGAAGAAAAGCUGCGCAGGGACACAGAUGGAGAGAAACCGAAACAGGAGACAGACUAGGAGGGGCGCAGAGACACGGAAGGUCACACACACAGAUGACACGGCUGGAAGCGAUGACAAACAGAUAAAAAGAAAGCGGUGAAAGAAAAAGAGGAGGACGGCUGUUUUUUCCCACUAAAUGGGGCAUCUUUUUCAGUGGCAAAAUCACAUUUGAGCCGCAGCCGGAGACGUCUACCUACCUAAGAACUGAGCCUUUCCGGAGCCCUCCCCUUUCCCCAGGCAGGCAGCAGCCCCCUCCUCCCCGUCUCGCCCACUCCCCAAGGGCCUGAGCUCCAACCUUUCGACCCCGAUACGGUCUCAACUGCGUCUGGGCGUCUGUCUCUCACCCCGCGCCUAUCAUCCACCGAGACCGCCUCCCAUGGGGCCCACCAGCCAGGCCCACUGGAAGGCAGCUCGGGGAGACCCCGCCCCAGGUCCGGGCUUCACGUCACCUAACACGGGGGAAUCCCGCGUUGAGCGAUGCUGCCACCUACCGGCCGGACAGGCUGCAGCCAAAUGUGGUCUCUUCUUUACCUGCCCCCAAGGAUACAAAUGCUGCGGCGAGAACUGCUGCCGGGACACGGAGCUCUACUCCAGCCCCUUGAGGAUCUUCGUCAUCAUCUUCCUCACCGUCCUGCCCCUCUUGUGCAUCUGCGGUCUGGCCAAGCGCUUCUGUCGCAGCUGCAGACAGCAAGAGCAGGACUCCCCGGUGGAUCCUGAGGGCCCCUUGGAACAGCCCUCCGUUGCCCCCCCAGAGAGGGUCAGACCAUCCAUCUCUGACUCCCCACCCCCCUACAGCGAGGUUAUUCUGAAACCAGUCCUGGACCUGCCCCCUACGGAGCCGCCCCCUCCUUACAGCUUCAGGCCAGAGGAAUAUGCUGGGGUACGCAGGGGCAUUGACAACCCAGCCUUCUGAGUCACGUGCUGCCCGGAAUCCUGCCCUCGGCCACCUUCUCCCCAGUACCUCCUGGAUCAAGCCAGAGACUUGUGAGACUCCUGUAAUGCCGCCCAUCCUGCCACGUCUCGGGCCGUUCUUGGAUUUAACUUAUUGCUUCUCCUGCCCCUCUUCACCCCAGUUGCCUCCCUUGUCUUGAGGGCUGGGCAGUGACAGUGUCCACCCUCCCACCCCAUCCCAAGUUAGAGGCUGCCAGGAGGAAAACGUUGGCAUCUGAUGGUGCCCGACGGUGGUAUAGGGCUCCUCUGAGGACUGAAGAGAGCCCCAUUUCUGUAGGUGUACAAAUCUUGAUGGGACAGCCGGCUCUGAGAAGUUGUGGAGGGCACUUCUGCACCAUGGGGGUUAGGACUGCGUGAGCUCUAAGGCAUUUCCAAUGCUAUCUGAAUAGAGAACACCCGAUUGUAGCCCCGCCCGGCUCAUAUACCUACUAAAUUUUAGCUGAUU